GUGUGUAGCAAUGCGGAGGGUAACGAUGCCGGGGGUUGGCUGGCUGGUGGUGGCAGUUUUGUCUCUCCUGAUCGAGCUGUGUUGGACAGAAGGAGGGGGCCCAAGCCUUGCUGAACGGGUAAUAUGGGCUGUAAAUGCCGGCGGGGAGGCUCACGCAGAUGCGGAUGGCAUCCACUACAAGAAAGACCCCUUAGAAGGAAAGGUUGGAAAAGCCUCCGAUUAUGGAGUGCGUCUCCCUAUACUGCGCUCCAAUCCAGACGACCAGAUUCUUUACCAGACGGAAAGGUACAACGAGGACACAUUUGGGUACGAGGUGCCCAUCCGCGAGGAGGGAGAGUACAUAUUGGUGAUGAAGUUUGCAGAGGUCUACUUUGCACAGUCACAACAGAAGGUGUUCGAUGUGCGUCUGAAUGGCCAUACCGUGGUGAAGGACAUGGAUAUAUUUGAGCGUGUUGGGCACAGCACGGCACAUGAUGAAACUGUGGCCUUCUCCAUAAAGAGGGGCAAGCUGAGUGUGCAGAGGGAAGUCUCGACCUUCAACGGCAAGCUCACUGUAGAAUUUGUCAAGGGGUACUAUGACAACCCAAAGGUGUGUGCACUAUAUGUGAUGAAGGGGACACUAGAAGAUGUCCCAAAGCUGCAGCCUCACCCUGGCAUGCUUGAUAAGAAGGACACGGAAGAACCGGAAGAGGAAGACCUGGAUCUGCCCGAGAGCGACGACCCCAAGACUCCCUCUGCCGCCCCCAAAGCCCGCGUGCAGUCGGGCCCACGCACCCCGAACCCUUACGCAGCUGACAACAGCAGCCUCAUGUUCCCCAUCCUGGUGGCCUUUGGAGUCUUCAUCCCCACCCUCUUCUGCCUCUGCCGGCUGUGAGAGAGCCAUAGACUGUGGGGGGAGGAGGAGAGGAGAGAAAAGGGCGGGGCAGGGCAGGGCAGGGCAGGGAGUCAGCAGGUGAUAGACAGGAGCCUCUAAAGGAGGAAGUGGGUAUGAGGGUGGGGGAGGGGGGAAGAGUCUGCACAGGAGUGAAAGGAGGGGAGGAACGUGUAGAUGAGGGAGGGGAAAAGUGAAAGCUGAUCACUAAAAGAAAAGAUAAAAUAAAUGGGUCUGUGGCUUCAGGUAUGUCAGUUUUGUUGACUGCAGUCACAGAAGGGCUGAAAAUGGAGGGGGUUGGGUUGGGGGUGGGAUGGACGAGAGAGAAGAUCAAGGGGCUUGGGCUCUCCACAAUCCUGACUCACACACACAGACACAUACUUCAGUGGGACUGCUAGUGGGAACGCUGAGCAGGACUCACCAGACUGGACUGAUUAGUCAGGGAAACCUAGUUUGUCUGGUCUGACCAGAAUCUGCAGGGCUUACACUCGAGAGGACCAUGUGGCUUUUGUCUACCGCCUCUUCCACUGGCCUGUGUUGCCAUUGGUCACUGGUGAGGGAAUGGGAGGGUGGCACAAGGCUAUUGGUCUUCGGGACUGUCGCUGCAGAUCUGCAUGCCUCUUCGCAGGCAGGAAAGGUACACACGUCUCCCAAAAACAUCUUGUUUUUUUUUAAUUGUGGCAGCGGAUUAAGCAGAUUGAGAGGGAAUGGGAAGAUGCUGAGCUCUGGAAGAGCAUAGUACUGCUAAUGUAAUAGCCUUUUUUUUUGCUUUUUUUUUUCAGGGCUGUUGCCAUGCCUUUCAUUCCAUCUUCAAUUUUUGCACGAAUUUGUCAUUAAUUUCUGCGGUUAUUUAAUGUCACCUCACCAUGUCCAAGCUGUAGGGCUGCUUACAGCGUUUAUAAAAGCUCUGAACACCUCUUGUGCCAGGAUUGAUUUGUUGGAUAAGGAGAAAAACGGUACUAGGUCAUAAUUAAUUUCUCGCCAAAAGCUGCCAGCUGAACUAUCUGUAAGUGUCUUUACAUUUGAAGUUUUAUUUAUAAGGGUAGAACUGUUGCUGGGGGUCAUUAUGGUCAGAGUUCCAUCAACUCCAUCUGCUCACAACAAUACCGGUAAUCACAAUGAACUUUUGACAUUUUCCACCAGGUUGCGUCUUCAACUUAGUAUGCGGUUUGCUGAAGGUCCUACAGGUCCCCUUGAGCCAGCACUGAAUGGCGGUGCUCGUUAACUUAGACAGGGUUCAUCAAUCUUUGACAGGGUUGGUUCAGUCUUAUCCCGUUGGUUCUUUUUGUAUUUCCCUUUAAAAACUAUCUGUUGCCCCUCAUCUGCUGAGAUUCUCCUGCUCCCUAGUGUAUGCGUCUCCUGCUCCCUAGUGUAUGCGUCUCCUGCUCCCUAGUGUAUGCGUCUCCUGCUCCCUAGUGUAUGCGUCUCCUGCUCCCUAUUGUAUGCGUCUCCUGCUCCCUAUUGUAUGCGUCUCCUGCUCCCUAUUGUAUGCGUCUCCUGCUCCCUAUUGUAUGCGUCUCCUGCUGUCCCCUCUGUUUCCUCUCUGCAAGGUGGCAGGGCAGAAGGGAUACGGACUUGAAAGACAGUUUUACUUUAGAAGACUUUCCCCAUGAUGGGGCAGAGAACAACACGGCUGCUCAGAGUGAGGUGUGUGUGUGUGUGUGUGUGUGUGUGUGUGUGUGUGUGUGUGCGUGUGCGUGUG